AUGGAACGAUUCCAAGCUCUCUCGCUCUUCCAACCUUCGAACUUUAAUGCGGCAAUCAGCAGGGACAACGAUGGACAUGUCUUUGGCUCUAUGCUUGGAAUUCCACACCCACAAGCAGCCCGCAUUGUAGCUAUGCUUGGGUUUGAUUUCAUCUUUGUGGACACUUUGCAUGUGCCAACCAACCCGGAGACUCUUGUGACCGUCAUUCAAACAAUUACUCUUGCUAGCGGAGGCAAGACUUGUGCGCUUGUUCGAAUUCCGAGCCCUGACUCGGAUUUAUUGCCUUACGCUUUGGAUGCGGGCGCCUCUGCUAUCGUCUUCCCCCAAAUCGACACAGCUGCUCAGGCAGCCGCGGCCGUAUACAAAGUGCGGUACGCGUAUAGCGGUGGAACGCGGUCUCUUUCGCCACUGGCCUUGAUGGACGGGAUUACAAACAUUGCGCCCGAGGGCUGGACGGCAGAGACAAUUGCGGACAGAAAUAUCGCCGUCAUCUGCCAGAUUGAGAGCGUGCUUGGAGUCGAGAAUGUUGAUGCUAUCGCAAAGACCCCCGGCGUUAACGCCCUCAUGAUUGGGCUUACAGACCUUAAGGGUUCGCUUGGUCUACCAAUGCGUGCCUCUAAGGGGAAGGCCGACGACCCAAAGCUUUCUGCCGCUGUUGCUGAGAUCGUGGCUACCUCAAAGAAACAUGACAUGCCGCUCAUGAUUCCUGCCUUCAGGGAGAACCCUGAUAUGGAAUGGCUACGGAACUUCAAGAUAAUUCUAACCAGUAUCGAUACUUUGGCUGUGGCGAAAACUCAUCGACAGGAACUCGCUCGAAUGAAGGAGGGUCUGUCCGGAUAUCAGAACGGAUAUCAGAACGGACAUUAG